CCUCGCCGCAGAGCUUUGGUCUUUGGAGGCAAAAGCCUUCACAAAUACGGAAAGCAAGCUGACACCCUCCACAUCCAGCCAACACCCUACAUUUCCUUAGCUGGCUUCUGAGCUUCAACAACCACCACUCACCGACCACCACCAAAUAUCAUACAUCCCAUUACCUUACUACCACCCUAAAUGCAAUCACCGCCGGCUACAAUGGCGGCGGCGAUGAUGCUCCUCCUCCUGCCGAUGGCGUCAACUGUGGUGAAUGUGGGAGCAUCUAACACAAACAGCGUGUACAACCCAUGCGCAGACACCAAGAUUCAGAGGUCCGACGGCUUUACAUUCGGGAUCGCAUUCUCGUCCAAGACCUCCUUCACCCUAAACGGGAACCAGUCGCAUCAGCUCUCCCCCUGCGACCGCCGCCUCUCGCUGUCCUCCUCCAACUCCCAGCUCGCGCUUUUUAGACCCAAAGUCGAUGAGAUCUCCCUCCUCACUAUCAACACCUCUUCUUUCCAACCGGAUUCAUAUGGUGGGUACAUGGUGGCAUUUGCUGGACGAAAAUAUGCUGCAAGGUCUCUCCCUGCGUUUGUUGCAAACAGCACAUACAUAGUGACAAGUUUUACGUUGGUACUCGAGUUUCAAAAGGGUAGGCUGCAAAACUUGUAUUGGAAGAGAGAUGGGUGUGCUAAAUGCACAGGAAACUCCAAUUUUGUUUGUCUUAACAAACAAGACUGUGCCAUCGAAACAUCAGGCUGUAAAAACCGAGGGGGUUCUGUAGAUUGCAGUCUCGGGAUACAACUGGCCUUUUCUGGUACAGAUAAGCAUCUCUCUGUUCUCAAUUCAUGGUAUGAGGUGGAGAACCUUCGGCAGUAUUCUCUCUAUGGCUUGUAUUCCAAUCUCAGAGAUUCUCUCACUAGCCAGUAUAACAACUUCUUUUAAAACUCUACUCCAAAGUGUCAAUUUAUUGUGUUUAUGUGUAAUGAUGUGCGAUUUUGUCAUCCUUAAUCUUUGCUGCCUCUGCGUGUCCUCUUUGUUGUCCUCUCUGUUCUUUUUUCGCGAUUUACCUAAAUUUCUACAGAUGUUGGACAUGUAAUUAUUUCCAUUGCAAGAUUUUUGUAAGUCAUAUUUUUUCAUGAACUCGUUAUCGAUGCAAUUGAUAUA